AUACACCGACGGGAAGCCCGUGCUGGGGAGGGUCCAGGCCACCCUGUGUCGGCUCAGAGAGCAGAAGCUCCGGGGCGUGUGUGUACAUCUCACGGGCCAGACUGAGAGCGACGGCUGCCUUUCCUGGGAGGUGGGGACGCCUCCCUUCCACCUGACCCGCUCUGGCUACCAGAUGAACCUGGAGGCCAUGGCCUCUCUCGAGGAGAAGGGGACAGGGGUGGUGAUCAAUGCGACCAGGAGCUGCCUCAUCAACAUCGUGUCUGAAAUCGCCACGGUGACCUUUGAGGAAGCUGACGCUGCCUACAGGGCUGGGAUCCCCUACACUGGCAAGAUGCUCCUGAAGGCAGCAGACGGCUCCGCACUGAAGAAUGAGACUCUGCGGCUGUUUGUUAGCUCUGGAGACAUUAGUGAGAACCAGACCUUCCUGACGGAUGAGUCUGGCAGAGCCUCCUUCGCGCUGGACACCUCCAGCUGGACCGAGACAGUCGCCCUGCGGGGGCACUUCAAGCAGGCAGGUCCCAGAACAGAGAGUGACGGAGACUCUCCCCAUUACCCGGAUGCCCAUCACAGUGUGGAGCCCUUCUACUCCCGGAACCGGAGUUUCCUGAAGAUCGGCAGCCUGGGAGGGGAGCUGCCCUGUGACCAGGCCCAGCGGCUCCACGUGGACUAUGUCCUGGCGAGGAAGAACCUGGGGAACGGGUCCAAGAGCCUGGAUUUCAUCUUCCUGGGUGAAAAGCCCGGCACCUUAGGUAUGGCACUGCCAAAACAGUACGUGGUGCACAAAAGGGCCCACUUGGAGCCUAGACACAAGCCGUCAGCACCGUUGUCUUCAUCGGCAUCGCCAUCUGCCACACCAACCAAACACUACAGAUCAGCACUGAAGAUGGUACCAGAGGCAGCACCAGAUACAGCGCCGAAUAGACUCUUUACUGAGAUGCCUUCUCCCAGGUUGUGACGCUGGCCCCUCCUCCGCACCUUUGACACCGAGCCUGGCGCACCGCACAAAGACUGGCCUAGACAUUCUAUGGCACCGACAGACCGAGAGUCCUUGGCACUGUGCACUCAAUUCACUGUGCCCUGAGUGCGCUCAAUUCACCGCCUCACUCCCCAGCCACAUCUGUCCCUCGGGAAGGCUGACACGGGACGACAUGGCCGCUUUUCAUCACAGCAUUCUUCUACCCAAAGGCAUCCUCCCUGGGAGCUUUACUCCGCAAGAACACCACAUGGUCUGCCACCCCACCCUGACCAGGAGGCACGGUGUUCGCUGCCUCCUGAUCGCCGUCUCGCCCCACGUCGAAACCUACGUGCGGGCUUUGGCCAGAGUGGUGGGGGCCUUGGCCGUGGUGGCGGCCUCCAAAAUGUACGACAAGGUUGUGUUCUUCCUUGCCUCGGAGGCCACCGCCCAGGAGGCAGUGGAGUGGGUCCUGGCUGGGGGGGGCAUGCAAGUGCCCCUCGAACUGCUGGAGGUCCUGGGCGUAUGGGUGGUCCUCACCUCCGUUCCACCCUUCCUCCCCAGUGCUGCCCUACUGCCUUUCCUCUCCACCCUGGGGAGACCCAUUUCCACCAUCAGUCCUCUCCCGUUGGGCUGUAAGGACCCUGCCCUCCGCC